GGGGAUAUGUAUAUCUACAUGCACAAGAGGAGGAGAGCGGCGAAGGGGUCGAUAGUAAUUAAAAAACAAGAAAAAAACAAGGGUGUCGCAAUUAGUUAGUAAGAGGAGGAGGGGGGGCGUUGUUGAGGACGGACGUAGUGGGGUUUUUUUAAUCUAUGCGAUUGGUCGGACGAGGAGUUUGGUGGAGUGCGUUGGUGAUCUCCUCCUUGUUUACUCUCUCGAUUAGGUGGGGGUUGUGUUUUGAGCCUUUUGCACCCUCCAACAAGGGGAGGUGUUGUGGGAGGGGAAGGGAGAUGGGGAGCUACGCGAAGCUCGCGAAGAGGGCGCUGGAGACGGAUAUGCCCGUUAUGGUGCAGAUACAAGAGUUGGUCCGUGGAGCUAAAGAUAUCAUGUCUCUAGCACAGGGAGUAGUUUAUUGGCAACCACCUGAUCAGGCUCUGAACAAGGUGAAAGAAAUUGUAUGGGACCCUUCAACCAGCCGUUAUGGUGGUGAUGAGGGUCUUCCAGAACUCAGGGAGGCUUUGAUAGAGAAGUUGCGGCGGGAAAACAAGUUAACCAACUGUUCCGUCAUGGUCACAGCUGGUGCAAAUCAGGGAUUUGUAAAUCUUGUCCUUACACUUUGUGAUGCUGGGGACUCUGUUGUGAUGUUUGCACCAUAUUACUUCAAUGCAUACAUGUCAUUCCAGAUGACAGGCAUCAAGAACAUUUUGGUGGGUCCUAGUGAUCCCAAUACACUUCAGCCAGAUGUGGUGUGGCUGGAGGAAACCCUCUCAGGAAAAGACAACAAACCAGUUCCCAAGCUUGUUACUGUUGUAAAUCCAGGAAACCCUUCCGGGGCCUAUAUCCCAGAACCUAUCCUCCUGAAAAUUUCAGAUCUUUGCAGAAAUGCCGGUGCAUGGCUUGUUGUAGACAAUACUUAUGAGUAUUUUAUGUAUGAUGGAUUGAAGCAUACUUGUAUAGAGGGUGAUCACAUUGUCAAUCUCUUCUCCUUUUCUAAGGCCUAUGGAAUGAUGGGAUGGCGUGUGGGAUAUAUUGCAUAUCCAACUGAAGUGCCGGGGCUUGCCGCACAGCUCCUCAAAGUCCAGGACAACAUACCCAUCUGCGCCUCCAUUAUAGGCCAGCGUCUAGCCCUCUACUCCUUAGAGGUGGGGCCCGAGUGGAUUCGCGAGAGGGUCCAAAACCUUGUGAAGAACCGCGAGUUGCUUAUGAAGGCUCUGGCUCCACUGGGGGAGGGGGCUGUGAAGGGCGGAGAGGGGGCCAUCUACCUCUGGGCAAAGCUUCCGGAUAAAUACUCCGACGAUUUCGAGGUCGUGAGAUGGCUAGUGAAUAGACAUGGUGUGGUUGUGAUUCCUGGGAGUGCUAGUGGAGGGCAAGGAUUCAUUCGUAUAUCUUUUGGAGGUCUGAAAGAGGAGAAUUGUGAGCUGGCGGCUGAAAGACUAAGGAAGGGUUUAGAGGAGUUGGUGAGUAAAGGGAUGGUGCAGUGAUUAACUGCUGAUAACUGAUAAAAAGUGUUGUUGAAUCAAUUCAAUUUCUCGAUUUACUAAUCGAUUUGAAAGAAAAAUACGUCGGCUUUCUGGAAUGGUAAUUGAUUUGCUUUUCUCCCUUGAACAUAGAAAAGAUUUAGUAGGAAAACCAGUCUCCAUUUAUGAUCAAGCUUCAUUAAUUUAGCUUGAUCGUGUUGUCCUUUGAAUAGCCGGAAAGGUAAUAAGAGAGUUACAAUAUCAUGAUGCAUUUUCUUUCUUUUUUUUUUCUCUAGAUGUAUUAAAUAGAAGAUAACAUUCUUAGAGUUUCCGUUGUUUUCUUAAUGGUAAACAAGUUCAAAUGUAUACUGAUGGGAUGAUCCUUGAAUGCUAUCCUUCAAUUCAUAUGCUUUUA